AGUCUCCCUCCCUCCCGCUCCCGUCCCGGCUCCGGCUCCCACCCUCCCUGCCGGCGCGGAGCGCACUCGGUCCGGAGGCACGAGCAGCUCCACUGUAGGGGGGGCGGGGGAGACCGUGUGCGGACCACCCACCCCCAGCCAGCUGGGGCGGGACCCCGUAGCCCCGGAGGGACCCCGACUGCAGCCACGUCUCGCUGUGCGUUCUCGGCGCGGCCACAGCAAAGACGCCCGCCACCCGCGCGCUCGGCGGGGACGUGGGGCCACACCUGGGCGCCGCCACCCGGUGCUCGGCGCGCCCACAUGUGCCUACGCUGAGGCACAGAGAGUCGCGCGCGGGGAGUCGGCGUCUACCCACUCAGGGUGAGGGCGAUCAGACCUGGGGGGGCUAGCGCCCCCCAAACUCGGAUCGGAUCCAACUGGAGUGAGGCGGCGCCAUGGAGCUCCGGGUUCUGCUCUGCUGGGCUUCGCUCGCAGCAGCUCUAGAAGAGACCCUGCUGAACACAAAACUGGAAACUGCGGAUCUGAAGUGGGCGACAUUCCCUCAGGUGGAGGGGCAGUGGGAGGAGCUGAGUGGCCUGGAUGAUGAACAGCACAGCGUUCGCACCUACGAGGUGUGCGAUGUGCAGCGGGCGCCGGGUCUGGCACACUGGCUGCGCACGGGCUGGGUCCCGCGGCGAGGAGCCGUGCAUGUGUACGCCACCCUGCGCUUCACCAUGCUCGAGUGCCUGUCCCUGCUGCGGGCCAGCCGCUCCUGCAAGGAGACCUUCACUGUCUUCUACUUCGAGAGUGAUGCUGAUACGGCCACAGCUGUCACACCGGCCUGGAUGGAGAACCCCUACAUCAAGGUGGACACAGUGGCUGCUGAGCACUUGACCCGGAAGCGCCCUGGGGCUGAGGCCACUGGGAAGGUGAACGUCAAGACACUGCGUCUGGGCCCUCUCACCAAGGCCGGCUUCUACUUGGCCUUCCAGGACCAGGGCGCCUGCAUGGCCCUGCUGUCCCUGCAUCUUUUCUACAAGAAGUGUGCCCCGCUGACCGUGAACCUCACUCACUUCCCUGAGACUGUGCCCCGUGAGCUUGUGGUGCCCGUGGCAGGGAGCUGUGUGGCAGACGCUGUCCCUGCCCCUGGCCCCAGCCCCAGUCUCUACUGCCGGGAGGAUGGCCAGUGGGCUGAGCAGCCGGUCACAGGCUGCAGCUGUGCUGCAGGGUUCGAGGCCACAGAGGGAAGUACCAAGUGCCGAGCCUGUGCCCAGGGCACCUUCAAGCCCCUCUCCGGGGAGGGGUCCUGCCAGCCAUGCCCAGCCAACAGCCACUCCAACACCAUCGGCUCACCAGUCUGCCAGUGCCGCAUCGGGUACUUCCGGGCCCGCACAGAUCCCCGGGGUGCACCCUGUACCAUGUGGCUGCCUCUGUGUCCCGCAGCGCCUCCGUCUGCUCCAAGAAGUGUGGUUUCCCGCCUGAACGGCUCCUCCCUGCGCCUGGAGUGGAGUGCCCCCCUCGAGUCAGGCGGCCGAGAGGACCUCACCUACGCCCUCCGCUGCCGGGAAUGCCGCCCUGGGGGGUCUUGCACGCCCUGUGGAGGGGACCUGACCUUUGACCCCGGCCCCCGGGACCUGGUGGAGCCCUGGGUGGCAAUACGUGGACUGCGUCCUGACUUCACCUACACCUUUGAGGUCACCGCCUGGAAUGGGGUGUCUUCCUUAGCCACUGGGCCAGUUCCAUUUGAGGCUGUGAAUGUUACCACUGACCGCGAGGUGCCACCCCCAGUGUCUGACAUCCGGGUGACUCGGUCAUCGCCCAGCAGCUUGAGCCUGUCUUGGGCUGUUCCCCGGGCACCCAGUGGUGCAGUGCUGGACUACGAGGUUAAGUACCAUGAGAAGGGCACAGAGGGCCCCAGCAGCGUGCGGUUCCUGAAGACAUCGGAAAACCGAGCAGAGCUGCAGGGGCUGAAGCGAGGAGCCAGUUACCUGGUCCAGGUGCGGGCACGCUCUGAGGCUGGUUACGGGCCCUUCGGCCAGGAGCAUCACAGCCAGACCCAGCUGGACGAGAGCGAGAGCUGGCGGGAGCAGCUGGCCCUGAUAGCAGGCACAGCGGUCGUGGGUGUGGUGCUGGUCCUGGUGGUCAUUGUCAUCGCCGUGCUCUGCCUCAGGAAGCAGAGCAAUGGGAGAGAAGCUGAAUACUCGGACAAGCAUGGACAGUAUCUCAUCGGGCACGGUACUAAGGUCUACAUUGACCCCUUCACUUACGAAGACCCUAAUGAGGCUGUGAGGGAAUUUGCAAAAGAGAUCGAUGUCUCCUAUGUCAAGAUCGAGGAGGUGAUUGGCGCAGGUGAGUUCGGGGAGGUGUGCCGGGGGCGGCUCAAGGCCCCAGGAAAGAAGGAGAGCUGCGUGGCCAUCAAGACCCUGAAGGGAGGCUACACGGAACGGCAGCGGCGGGAGUUCCUGAGUGAAGCAUCCAUCAUGGGCCAAUUCGAGCACCCGAACAUCAUUCGCCUGGAGGGUGUGGUCACCAACAGCGUGCCUGUCAUGAUCCUCACCGAGUUCAUGGAGAACGGCGCCCUGGACUCCUUCUUGAGGCUGAACGAUGGACAGUUCACUGUCAUCCAGCUGGUAGGCAUGUUACGGGGCAUUGCCUCUGGCAUGCGGUACCUUGCUGAGAUGAGCUACGUCCACCGUGACCUGGCUGCCCGCAACAUCCUAGUCAACAGCAACCUGGUCUGCAAGGUUUCUGACUUUGGCCUUUCCCGAUUCUUGGAGGAGAACUCUUCUGAUCCCACCUACACGAGCUCUUUGGGAGGAAAGAUUCCCAUCCGAUGGACAGCCCCCGAGGCCAUUGCCUUCCGAAAGUUCACCUCUGCCAGUGAUGCCUGGAGCUAUGGGAUUGUGAUGUGGGAGGUCAUGUCAUUUGGGGAACGGCCAUACUGGGAUAUGAGCAAUCAGGAUGUAAUCAAUGCCAUUGAACAGGACUACCGGCUGCCCCCACCCCCAGACUGCCCCACCUCCCUGCACCAGCUCAUGCUGGACUGUUGGCAGAAGGACCGGAAUGCACGGCCUCGCUUCCCCCAGGUGGUUAGCGCCCUCGACAAGAUGAUCCGGAACCCUGCGAGCCUCAAAAUUGUAGCCAGGGAGAAUGGCGGGGCCUCGCACCCACUCCUGGAUCAGCGGCAGCCUCACUACUCAGCCUUUGGCUCCGUGGGUGAGUGGCUUCGAGCCAUCAAGAUGGGACGAUAUGAAGAAAGUUUUGCUGCCGCUGGCUUUGGCUCCUUUGAGCUGGUCAGCCAAAUCUCCACUGAGGAUUUACUUCGAAUCGGAGUCACUCUGGCGGGACACCAGAAGAAAAUCCUGGCCAGUGUCCAGCACAUGAAGUCCCAGGCCAAGCCUGGAGCCCCAGGCGGGUCAGGUGCACCAGCUCCACAGUACUGACCUGCGCCGCCUUACCUGGCCCCACAGCUCUGGAGCGGCAGGAGCUCCCAAGCUGGGGACACAGCUCUUCUUCCUGGGGCAGUUGGUGCGGACCCAAGAGGCCCCCAUCCCUGCGCCCCACUGGAUUGCACUUUGAACCCAUGGGGGUGGGGAGCUGGCAAUUUGGAGCCACAGGAUUUGGGGAAUCUGCCAAGUGGGAGCGUAGAUCACAUGCCCCCAGGCAGAGAACCUCACACCCUGGGUGCGGAGCGCUUCCCUCAGGCUUGGGUGUGACCAAGGGAGGAAAGUGCCCAAAAUCUGCCUUCUUCCCAGGGGUGGUUGGGCACCAUCCCCACAGACUCCCUCUCAUCCCCAAUCAGGGCCCCCAGGUGCCCCUCCUCACCUUGAGGGGCUAUAGCCCUGCAGACCAAAGAGAAGAGGGUGGCCUGCCUGAGCUCGGGAGUGGAGCGCGCCGUGGUUGGAGGUGGGAAGGGGUGUCAGACCCUAUGACAAAAACCACAGGACUUGGAUGUCCCACCCUUGCUGCUGUCUCCACCGAACUCAGUUUUCCCUUGUAAAUGCCCCUCCCCCAUCUGCUGCCUUCAUAUUGAAGGUUUUUGAGGUA